AAGACGAAUUUAAACAAAAAAAAUCCAGACGUAAUUUAAAAUUUCAUUAAUCGAACCUUCUAACUUGAAGUACUCUUCGGCCCCAGGGGAAGGGUGAAGAAGUCGAAUAUUUAAUGGGCUCAAUUGUCAGGCCAAAAAUGAGUCAAUCUUGUGAAAUCCCCAAACAUAUUUGAUGCUGGGAACAAAUCAAAAUCCUGUUCAUCUUUUCCCUCUCUCGUCUUUGCCUUGUUUUUCUUUGUCUCUAUAAAACCUUCAAAUUAAGUAUCAAAUCAUCCGAAAGUUUGCUUCUUUCAGAUCAGAAUUCAUAACCCACUAAGGGGGGAAAAUGUCAGCAUACGAAAAUGUAAUUGGUGGGAAGCUGAAGCUCAAGGGAAAAGCCUUGGAUGUUAAGGCUGGUGGAAUCAAGAAGAAAAAGAAGCAUAGGAAGCAUCAAGAUCAAAUUACUCAAGCUACCCAGAAUGACCUCUCUGCUGUUGGAAGCGCAGAAGUAUCUGUUGAUCCCACUGAAGAAGAUAUCAAUGAUGCUGACAAGUCAAGUGGGGAGGGGAAGGCUCCUCAUUAUGAUGAUCAUCUCACACCGGCAGAGAGACGAUACAUUGAGCAGAGGGAGGAACUUGAUGUGCACAGGUUGGCCAAGGAAGCUAAUAAAUCUCACCGUGACAGAAUUCAAGACUUCAACCAGUAUCUGGCAAACAUGAGUGAGCAUUAUGACAUUCCUAAAGUUGGCCCUGGUUAAUUCCCGCAACAUCAAGGAGAUCACCUCAGUGUUUCCCAUUGGGACUUCUAUGUGUUAGGUACCAAAGUAAAAUUGCUUUGAACAACAGAGUAACUGCUUUGUUUUAUGGAGUUUGUUGAUGGCGUAUCACAGAUUAUGCUUUUAAUUUGAAGCUCUGCUAUAUUCGAACAUUGUCACAACUUAUUGAGAAACAUCCUUUAUAGUGGCUAGGUAUUUGAUGAGUGCUUCCUCUCUGUACCUGUUUUGACUGACCAGUUGCUCUGUUCCUCGUCAUAGGAUGAACUGAUGCACUAAAUUCCUAAAAAAAAUUGAAGGCAAGACAUCAGAGGUAUUAGUAACAUUGUUAUUUCUGAAGGUUUGAAAAUGUUGGAUGGCAAAUUCUAAAUGGAGCUGAUGGACAUCAACUUUA